AUGGCAACGACGACGAGUACUGCUACUGACGCUUCAAGUGUUACUCUGAAGCCAGUUAAGCAGUUUGUUGAAAUAUUCAGAAAGGACUACAAGCCACCAGAGUUUGAUAUUGAGAAUGUUUUCAUGACAUUCAAGCUACAUGAAACAGAAACCAAGGUCACAUCUGAACUUUUGAUGCGUAGGCGCCCAAAUACUGGCCCUGGAAAUCUUGUGCUUCAUGGAGAUGAACUCGUGUGUAACUUUAUCUCUGUAGAUGGUUUGGAACUCAGCAAUACUCCCAUGUCUGGCUACAGUCUGGAUAUAGAUGGAAACAUGACCAUUCCAGCAUCUUUCUUGCCAAAGGAUGAUUCAAAGACAUUCACUGUCAAGACUGUGGUCACCAUAAAUCCAAAGGAUAACCUCAAGCUCUGUGGACUAUACAAGAGCAGCAAGAUGUUCUGUACACAGUGUGAACCACAUGGAUUUAGACGCAUAACAUUCUUUUUGGAUCGUCCAGAUGUAUUGAGCAGUUACAAAGUUCGUAUUGAAGCCGAUAAAGCUCUCUACCCUGUCUUGCUUAGCAACGGUAAUAAGGUAGCUGCAGGAGAAUUAGGUGAGAGCCACUUUGCUGAAUUUGUAGACCCGUUCCCUAAGCCUUCCUAUCUCUUUGCUCUCGUUGCAGGAAAUCUAUCCUCCAUUAGUUCCACGUACCGCACAAUGUCUGGUAGGGAUGUGUUGGUCCAGAUUUCCGCAGAGCCUGAGGAUUGUGGAAAGUUACACUGGGCCCUAGAAAGUGUACUGAAAAGUAUGAAAUGGGAUGAGGAAGCCUAUGGUCGUGAGUACGAUCUUGAUGUAUUCCACGUUGUUUCUGUGAGAGAUUUUAACAUGGGAGCUAUGGAAAACAAGGGUCUAAAUAUCUUCAACACAGCCCUCUUGUUGGCUGAUGUAAACACAACUACAGAUGCAGAGUUUGUCAGAAUUAUGAGUGUUGUUGGUCACGAAUAUUUUCAUAAUUGGACUGGAAACAGAGUUACCUGCAGAGAUUGGUUCCAGUUGACUCUAAAGGAAGGUCUUACCGUCUUCAGGGAGGCAGAAUUCUGUGGAACUGUAAGUUCUAAACUUUCAAACAGAAUUAAGGACGUACAAUAUCUUAUGGCCGUGCAAUUUGCAGAAGAUUCAGGCCCAAUGGCGCAUCCGAUUAGACCUGAAAGUUACAUUUCUAUGGAUAACUUUUAUACUAGCACUGUCUACGAUAAGGGAUCAUUUGUCAUUGGCAUGUACAAGACUUUGCUAGGCGAGGAAGGUUUCAGAAAGGGUAUGGAUCUCUACUUUAAAAGGCAUGACCUUUGCGCCGUCACCUGUGAUGACUUUAGAGCUGCAAUGGCUGAUGCUAAUGGAAGGGAUUUUACGCAAUUCGAAAGAUGGUAUGCUCAGAGUGGAACCCCUGUAGUCGAAGUCCUUUCAGCUGGUCUCACUGCUGAUGGCUUCAAGGUACAUCUUAAGCAAUCCACUCCACCAACUCCACGCCAAGAAUUCAAACUUCCAUUCCAUAUUCCAAUCAAGGUAGGAUUGAUUGGUAGAGUUAGUAAGAAGGAUGUCUUGGAUGGAUCCACGGUUUUGGAACUUGUAGAGGAUGAACAAGAGUUUAUCAUUCCAGGUGUCAAGGAGGAUUGCGUCUUAUCCAUUAAUAGGGAUUUUUCGGCACCAAUCAAGGUCAAGUUUGAGCAGAGUGAACAAGACUUGACAUUCUUAAUGCAGUAUGAUUCUGAUGGUCUCAAUAGAUGGGAUGCUUCUCAACGUUUGAGCACUAAAUUCAUUCUGGCUAGAGCCACUGGUAAUUUGGAUGCUCCAAUCGGUGAAACUUAUCUUGAUGCAUUCAAAUCACUUUUGGAAUCUGAUAUGGAGCAAAGUGAAAAGGCUCUCUGUCUGGCUCUCCCAGAUACCGAGAUUUUGGCAUCAAAAAUGAGUCCAUAUGAUCCAGGUCUCUUGCACAAGGCCCUUCGCAGCAUAAAGGUUGAGUUGUCCAAAAAGUUCUAUCCCCAACUCUUGGAGCUAUACAAGAAACUUACACUCGCUCCAGGUGCAAAGGAUACCCUUGAUAAGGAGGACAUGGCCAGAAGGUCCUUGAGAAAUACACUUUUGUCAUACCUAGUCGCAAGCAGAGAUGCAGAGGCUGUCAAGUUAGCCACUGAGCAUUACAAGAGUGCCAAGACAAUGACUGACAAGUACUCCUCGUUCAUACAACUCAUGCACAUGACUUUUGACGGAAAACAGGAUAUUGUGGAUGAUUUCUACGCUUUUGCAAAUGGAGACGCUCAAGUUGUUGACAAGUGGUUCAAGGCCCAGGCUCUCUCCGAAGCUGAGGACUCUCUAGAAAGAGUCAAGGCUCUCUGCUCACACAAGGACUUUACCAUGAGCAAUCCAAACAGAUUCAACUCCCUAGUGACAGUCUUUACCUAUAGCAUUAACUUCCACGACAUUUCUGGAGCAGGUUACAAAUUCCUCGCCGAUUUAAUCAUCGAGGUUGACAAGAUCAAUCCUCAGGUAUCAGCUAGAUGUUGCAACAAACUCCUCAAGUACUCCAUCUUUGAUAAUGUUCGCAAGGAAUUGAUGAAAUCACAUUUACAAAGAGUUUUCAACACACCAGGAAUAUCACCAAAUCUCUAUGAAAUUGCACAAAAGGGACUUGAAUUCACAAGUUAA